AUGGCUCUCCGUCCAAAGGUCUUGUUUGUAGUUACGUCGCACGAUCAACUUGGCAAUACAGGUCGAAAGACCGGAUGGUAUUUGCCAGAAGGGGCGCACCCUCAUGAAGUUCUAGCACCAUAUGCAGAUAUCAUUUGGGCUUCGCCAAAAGGCGGUAUCACCCCUCUUGACCCAAUGUCUGAUCAAGUGGACGAUGAUGAUCUCCUGACAAGGAAUUUUCUCCUCAAGAAGGAGUCUUGGAGGUCAUCAGAGAAGCUGGCGAAUUUCCUGGGUCGAGCAGACGAAUUUGAAGCGGUCUUUUAUGUUGGCGGAUGGGGUCCAAUGUUCGAUCUCGCCACUGAUUCUGGCUCGCAUCAACUCAUAAACGAGUUUUACGCCGCCGAGAAAAUUGUUAGCUCCGUUUGUCACGGCCCUGGGGCUUUGGCAAAAGUCAAGUUACCAUCAGGCAAAUACUUUCUCGAUGGUGAACCCGUGACAGGCUACUCAAAUGUGGAGGAAGGCAUGGCAGGCGUAGUCGAAGUAAUGCCGUUCAGUUUGGAAGAUGCGUUACAAACAGCAUCCGGCGGCCACUACAAAAAGGCUACGGAACCAUUAGGUGUGAACGUAGUUGUUGCGAGAGGUGGAAAGUUGAUCAACGGACAAAACCCAGCAUCAGCGGGACCAACGGCAGAAGCCAUUUUAGCUAGCCUGAAACAGUCUGGAAAGAUCUAG